GAUACCAACGGAAGCUCUCGAGCACCAUUCCGUCAUCAAUUCAAUGUACAGCAUAUUUCUUGGUUCCUAGUAUUGUUUUGUGGAAUGCAUUGUGCGUAACUGUCUUUUUAGGAAUUAUGACAGAAACAUCAUUUUACGUUUCGAGUGGGAAUCCCGAGCUCGACACAGAAGAUGAUCACACCAGCUCCAGCUGGGAAGAGCUCCGGCAAGGCUACGACUGCGCUGAGACGGCAGGAAUACAAACAAAUAAGUUGGUGUCACUCACAAAUUCCCCCCUGACAGAGCCUUUUCAAGUUCUCGAAGAGGCCCAGAAGCUUUUUCACAUUGCCUUGCCUUCGGUCUUGAUCCAGUUCAGUCUAUUUUUCAUUUUUCCCAUGUCGGCUUCGGCGGUUGGACGUAAUGUUGGAACAGUUGAGCUGGCUGCUUUUUCUCUUGGAUCCUUAAUUGGAAAUCUGACUUGUUUGUCAAUCAUGGAAGGUGCCUUGACUGCGGCUGAUACGCUCAUGCCGCGAGCUUUUGGAACAGGCCAGUACGAGGAAGUUGGACGGAUCGCCAUUCGGGGCACCGUCGUGUGCUUAUGUCUUUUGCUACCACCUAUCAUCCCACUCUGUGGCUAUGGGGGUUGGAUCUUGGAAACACUUGGACAAGACCCAGACGCUUCGCAGCUCGCAGAAACCUGGAUUCGCGUUUACUUUUUGGGCGUAUUCCCGAAUUUGGGCUUUAGGAUUUUGUUGCGCUUUCUACUAUGUCAGCAUCAACCAUGGCCAAUGGUGAUUUCUAGUGCCGUUCCUUGUUUCUUGGUACAUCCAAUUCUCUUGCGACAUUUGGUACCGACUAUGGGUCUGGAAGGAUCGGCCUUGGCAAUUGUUCUAACUCAGUGGAUAUCACUGUUCCUACUAAUCGCCAUACUUGUUGUGAAACCCAUGCACAAAUCGGAAACCUGGCCCGGUUUGUCCUGGUUGUAUGUCAAAGAAGCCUUGGCAGUAGGACCGUCCCUAAAGUUUCUGCAUUUGAGUGUUGGUGGCAUCAUGUCCAUGAACGAAUGGUGGUUCUUUGAAAUUAUGUGCUUUGUUGCGGGCAGUUUUGGUGUGAUCCCACUCUGCGUUCAUACGAUCGCCUACAACUUGGUACCACUAUUGUUUAUGAUCCCACUCGGUAUUUUGAUUGGAUUGACGGUCCGCAUGGGUCACGUCAUUGUGGAAAAUCCAAAGCAUGCCAAACAAAUGGCAUGCUGGUGUAUGGGUCUGACGGCAGGUAUCGGAGCUGUGGUUGCAACGUUGCUGCACGUUUUUCGGUACCAGAUCAUUGCAACAUUUACCAGUGACGAAGAAGUCAUUGAACCGAUAUUUGGGGACAUUUAUUGGCGCAUGGCAGCGAUUAUUUCGGGUUUUCUGUACUUUUUUACCCUUCCAGCGGUCGUCUACUUUGCGGUAAUUCGGGGCGGUGGACUUGAUGCGCUUUGGACUGUCUUGCCUAUAUUUUACACGAUUUUGCAAGGGCUGCUGGCUCUGGGCUAUGUAAUGGUAGAUUGGGAGAGGCACGCAUGUACUAUACGGGAGGGCAUUCAGCGGAGUGCAGCCGAAGCCAAGGGUUUGGAAUCGAACGAAACGACCUUGCUCCUAGCGUCGCCGAAACGAACUUUUUAA